CUAAACCAUAGACAACUACAUGUAUGUAUGCUUUUUCAAGCUUCGCAAAGAAAACGACGAAAACAACGGAUAGUGUGUAUGGAAGUGCGUUAGACUGAUUGCGCCGCAAAUUACUUUCACGGUGAGGAAUGAAUGUGAAUAUAUCAAUCCAAAUUUGAUUUUAUAUAAGGGGAACAAAUUUAUAUAAGUUUAUAUUCGAAAUCAGAAUGGCAACUUUGGAACAACAAGCUUCCAAACUUUUGGACUUCAACCAAAAACUGGAUAUCAAUCUCCUGGACAAUAUUGUUGGUUGUUUGUACUCGACCGUCGGGGAGCAACAACGCAUUGCCCAGGAUAUACUGACGACUUUGAAAGAACAUCCAGAUGCCUGGACCCGUGUGGAUACAAUAUUGGAGUACUCACAAAACCAAGAAACGAAAUAUUAUGCUUUACAAAUAUUGGAACAAGUAAUACAGACGAGAUGGAAAGUAUUACCAAGGAAUCAGUGUGAAGGCAUAAAAAAGUACAUUGUUGGGCUCAUUAUAAAAAACUCUUCAGACCCUGCCACUAUGGAAAAUAACAAAGUUUACUUAAAGAAACUCAACAUGAUUCUGAUCCAAGUUUUAAAAAGGGAAUGGCCUCACAACUGGGAAAGUUUCAUCAGUGAUAUUGUGGGAGCCUCUAAAACCAAUGAAAGCCUCUGCCAAAAUAAUAUGGUAAUAUUGAAGCUCCUCAGUGAAGAAGUGUUUGUGUUCAGUAUAGGCCAACUCACACAGACUAAGGCUAAGCAUCUCAAGGACACCAUGUGUUCUGAAUUCAGCCAAAUAUUUCAGUUGUGUCAAUUUGUUUUGGAAAACUCACAAAACGCCCCACUUGUGGAUGCCACCCUCCACACUCUUUUGAGAUUUCUGAACUGGAUUCCCCUGGGUUACAUAUUUGAAAUGAAACUGAUAAGCACUCUUAUUUUCAAGUUCCUCAAUGUACCCAUGUUUCGUAAUGUGACUUUGAGCUGCUUGACAGAAAUAGCUGGUGUGACUGUGAGCAACUAUGAAGAACAGUUUGUGGCUUUAAUUGUACAAACCAUGGAACAGUUGGAGGCCAUGCUUCCUCUGACCACUAACAUUCGUGAGGCAUAUGCAGCUGGACGUGAUCAAGAACAAGUGUUCAUUCAAAACUUGGCAUUGUUUCUGUGCACCUAUCUAAAAGAGCAUGGUGAACUCCUUGAAAAAAGAGGGAUGACUAACACCCUCACCAAUGCACUUCGAUACCUUGUGUUGAUAUCUGAAGUUGAAGAUGUGGAGAUAUUUAAGAUUUGUCUCGAAUUUUGGAAUGCUUUGGCAGCCGAGCUGUACAAAAUUGCACCUUGUUCACACUCUGCCAGUCUGUACAGUCUUGGUAAAGUUGCAGGAAGAAAAGCUUUGUAUGCCGAUGUACUGAGCAGUGUGCGCUAUAUCAUGAUCUCUAGAAUGGCAAAACCAGAAGAAGUGUUAGUUGUUGAGAAUGAAAAUGGUGAAGUGGUAAGAGAAUUCAUGAAAGAUACUGAUUCAAUUAAUUUAUACAAAAAUAUGAGGGAAACUUUGGUCUAUCUUACUCAUGUUGAUUAUCAAGAUACUGAGCGCAUUAUGACAGAAAAGCUCCAAAAUCAGGUCAAUGGUACAGAGUGGUCUUGGAAAAACCUUAACACUCUAUGCUGGGCUAUUGGCUCUAUUUCUGGAGCUAUGAUGGAAGAGGAUGAGAAACGAUUUCUGGUUGUUGUUAUAAAGGAACUUUUAGGUCUGUGUGAACAGAAGAAAGGUAAAGAUAACAAAGCUAUUAUUGCUAGUAACAUCAUGUAUGUGGUAGGGCAGUAUCCCCGAUUUUUAAGAGCUCAUUGGAAGUUUUUGAAAACUGUUGUUAAUAAACUUUUUGAAUUCAUGCAUGAAACUCACGACGGCGUCCAAGACAUGGCCUGCGACACUUUUAUAAAGAUUGCUUUAAAAUGUCGGCGUCAUUUCGUUACGACGCAAGUUGGGGAAGCUUGUCCAUUCAUUGAAGAAAUUUUAAGCACAAUCAGUUCGAUUAUCUGUGACCUGCAAACACAACAAGUGCACACGUUCUACGAAGCAGUAGGAUAUAUGAUUAGUGCACAAGUAGAUCAGGUAGCACAGGAGCAGCUCAUAGAGAAAUAUAUGUUGCUUCCUAACCAAGUGUGGGAUGAUAUAAUUUCACAAGCAUCUCACAAUGUGGACAUUCUUAAGGAUCCAGAAGCUGUCAAACAGCUUGUGAGUAUUCUUAAAACCAACGUGCGUGCCUGCCGCGCUCUAGGGCAUCCAUAUGUCGUACAACUCGGAAGAAUAUACUUGGAUAUGCUGAAUGUUUACAAAGUGAUGUCUGAGAACAUCAGUCAAGCCAUUGCCCUGAACGGAGUUGUUGUCACUAAACAACCCCUCAUUAAGAAUAUGAGGAUAAUAAAGAAAGAGACACUGAAGUUGAUAGCAAGUUGGGUUUCGCGAUCGACCGACAAUAGCAUGGUCCUGGAAAACUUCAUACCUCCCCUACUCGACGCAGUCUUAUUGGACUACCAGAGAACUGCUAUACCAGACGCACGAGAACCGGAAGUGCUCUCAUGUAUGGCAGCAAUUGUAUACAAACUUGGAGGGCAUAUUACUUCUGAAGUACCGAAGAUAUUCGAUGCGGUAUUCGAAUGUACUCUUGAGAUGAUCAAUAAGGACUUUGAGGAGUAUCCGGAGCACAGAACGGAGUUUUUCUUGCUGCUACAAGCUGUUAAUACACAUUGUUUCAAAGCAUUCCUAAGUAUACCACCAGCCCAAUUUAAGUUGGUGUUGGAUUCCAUUAUUUGGGCAUUUAAGCAUACAAUGAGAAAUGUAGCAGACACUGGGCUCCAGAUUCUGUACAGAUUGCUGCAGAAUGUGGAGCAACACCCGCAGGCCGCGCAGAGCUUCUACCAGACGUACUUGUGUGACAUCCUGGAGCACGUGUUCAGCGUCGUGACCGACACGUCACACGGCGCCGGCCUCACCAUGCAUGCUACCAUCCUCUCCUACAUUUUCUCUCUUGUGGAAGCUGGUAGAGUGACCGUGCCUCUCGGACCUACGCCAGACAACGUCAUCUACAUACAGGAAUAUGUGGCGAACCUUCUCAAAACGGCAUUCCCCCAUUUAACAGACAACCAGAUCAAGAUUACUGUUCAGGGGUUGUUUAAUUUGAAUCAAGAUAUUCCUGCUUUCAAGGAUCACCUCAGAGAUUUCUUAGUACAGAUAAGAGAGUAUACGGGUGAGGAUGACAGCGACUUGUACCUGGAGGAGCGGUUGUUCGCGCUCCGCCAGGCGCAGGAGGAGAAGCGGCGAGUCCAGCUCUCCGUGCCCGGCAUCCUCAACCCUCACGAACUGCCCGAGGAGAUGCAGGACUAAUCUUCACUAUUUACGUCAUGACGACAGUCCACUGACAUGUAUGAAGCAUUGCUACUCACCCCACAUACAGGUGACAAACAACCAUUGGUAAACUUGACUUGCUUACGACCUCUUAGCUGGGUCGGUAUUCUGUAACCGUUAUCGACAACGCCACUGUUAUAGCCACUUUAUUGAAAACAAAUACACGACACUUUUGUAAUACUUGUAAUAGAGACUGUCCGAAAAUAUUGUAAAAUUCUUAUAAAUCUCUCCAUUGCCUCAUUUUUAAUUACAAUCUAGGGAUUUUUCAUUGAAACAGAUCUUCAAUAAAGAUUUUUAGAAUUAUUUGUUAAAGGUUAAAUUUUAGUACUUAAUUGUUGCUCUUUAUAUGUUACAGUUAGUGUCUCUACAAUCAUAUAUCAAGUUUAAUUGUUCCUGGAUGUGGACACACACAUUUGCCCAGAUCUAUUAGUGAUGCCCACCACACUUAGUUUAUGGAUAAACUGCUUUUAUCCCCAGACCCACUGGCGGUUGUCAGUCCAACAAUGUAUAUCAAUAGGCUUUGCUACCUGGUCUAUGAGGUGAUGAAUAUAGGGAUAAAUCCAACAAAGUGACUCGAGUGGACUGUUAUCAUUAGUGUAGGGUUGUCAUUGUGCUUGUAAGAUAUACCUUAUUAUGUCAGUUUGUACAGUGGACCGCAUGGAACAAUGCAAGAUGAUGAAUGCAAGAGUUAAGGUUUUACAACAGCAAACCUUAGAUAAAGGUGUAUUUUACAUGCACAAGGCAGCAUCAAGCCUUUAUUAAUUAUAGGCAGCAAAUCAUGCAUCAAUUUACAUUGCUAGAGAGAAAAAUAGAAUAUUUCUAUGUUUUUAAGUAAUCUUCAAAUGUAGGUAAUAAAAUCUCUGUGAUGGAAACCAGUGUCGGAUGUUCAACAUGUACGCUAUGGAAUCUGAGUAUUACUGAGUAGAUUCUAGGGAGACUACUAAGUGAAUUGCUGUUAAGUAGUAACAUUUUUUAUGUUUUGUUUAAUGUUGUCAGAACUAAUUUCAUGAUGGUUUGGGAAUCUAAUUAUUCACAGUAGGUUUCCGAAUGCAUUUUGGGUCCGAUUAAUUGUCAGUCUUUCAAUUUGUGUUUGAAUAAAUAAACCAAUAAAUAUAAAA